AUGACGUACGUCUUAGAGAAAAUGGACCUGUCAUGUAUUAAUAAAAUGAAAAUCAAUGAUCCCAGAUUUAAACAAUGGGCUCAAAGUAUAUUAGAGGCGGAAGAGAGUGACUUUAGCGGGAAUGAUGACUCUCAUAAUGAUCCCGAUUAUGUCAGUGAACACGAAAGCGAUUCAGAAAUUGAAUGGGAGCCGGAAACCGUGGCACUGGAAACUACACUGGAUGUUUCAGAUACUACCUCACAAAAUGCAGCACGUUCCAACGAGCACCAAGAAAUUCCAACUUCAACUCCGAGAACGUACUAUGGUAAAAAUCGAUACAAAUGGACUGCAGAUGCUCCACCUUCAAAUGUAAGAACCAGAAGUCAUAAUAUUAUCUCUCAUCUUCCCGGAGUUAUUGGACCAGCUAAGUCUCUUGGAAAAUUGUGUCUCGAGAAAAGUGCCUGGGAAUGCCUAAUAACAAGCGAUAUUUUAGAUGAGAUUGUUCUCAGAAGUAAUGAAAAACUUGCCAGAAUUAGAACCAAAUAUGCUGAUGGUAAUAGAACGGACCUUAGGGAUUUAGAUGUUAUCGAAUUAAAGGCUUUUAUUGGGUUUCUAUUUUAUUCAGCUAUUUUUAAAUCCAAUAAUGAAGACUUAAAUUCGAUAUUUGCUACCGAUGGUACUGGUAGAGAAGUUUUUAGACGCACCAUGUCAAUAAAACGUUUCCAAGUACUUUUGACAGCGCUUAGGUUUGAUGACCAAAUUACAAGGGAAGACCGUAAAAAAACUGACAAACUGGCCCCCAUUUCAUCAAUUUUCAAUAAGUUUACAGAAAACAGCAAGAAGAAUUUUUCCAUAGGGCAGUAUGCUUGCAUUGAUGAAAUGCUUAUUGGUUUUCGGGGGAGAUGUGUAUUUCGCAUGUACAUGCCUCAAAAACCCCGAAAAUAUGGCCUAAAAAUAAUGGCACUAACUGACGCUCGAACUCAUUAUUUUCUGGAUGGGUAUGUAUAUACAGGUGCUGGAAGUGACGGUCAAAUAUUGUCAGAAGAGGAAAGAAAAUUUAACAAACCAACGCAAUCAGUUCUUCGACUGGUAAGAUCUAUUGAGGGUACUAACCGUAAUGUAACAGCGGACAAUUGGUUUACAUCAUUAGAAGUUAUAACUGAGUUGCAGAAGCGAGGCCUAACUUACGUGGGAACUGUUAAAAAAAUAAGAGAGAGAUACCUGCUUCUUGUUUGCCAAACAAAAGUAGACUUACGGACUCUUCCCUAUUUGCAUUUGGCGAUAGAGUUACACUAG